UCACUUAUUACCGUUUACAUUAACGUUCGACAAGAAGAUUCAUCGAUCAGAAGGCAACAGCUAAUCAUAAGGUGUUUUUGCUAGAUCCUCCUAAAACCCUCCCUUGGACAUAUCAAUGGCUUCCUAAUUUCAGGAGUUAAAUCGAAGUGAACUUCACUGCAACUGUAAGAAGAUGAAGGCAGGAAGCGCGGCGAAAUUGAUUGUGGAGGCAUUGCUGCAGCGGUUCCUCCCUCUUGCUAGACGUCGCAUUGAAACGGCUCAAGCCCAGGAUGGACUAUACCUUCGACCAUCAGAUCCUGCUUAUGAACAAGUAUUGGAUUCCUUAGCUAUGAUUGCCAGACAUACACCUGUUCCCCUUCUGGAAGCUCUUCUCAAAUGGAGAGAAAGUGAGUCACCCAAGGGCGCAAAUGAUGCAUCAACUUUCCAGAGAAAGUUGGCUGUGGAGUGCAUUUUCUGCUCAGCGUGUAUUCGUUUUGUGGAGUGCUGUCCGCAGGAGGGUCUUACUGAGAAACUUUGGUCUGGGCUUGAAAACUUUGUUUUUGAUUGGCUAAUUAAUGCUGACCGGGUUGUUAGCCAAGUGGAAUAUCCCUCGUUAUUUGAUUUUCGGGGGCUCCUUCUUGAAUUAGUUGCUCAACUAUUAGGUGCAUUAUCUCAGUUCAGGUCACUCUUUUAA